AUGGAAAUAAAUGAGUUGAUUUAUGUGCGUGGGGCUGUCCACAAUAAACACGUCUCUCGUCGACGUCCUGUUCCAACGAUUUUCCUCAGGAAGGAAGACGUUCAACUGCAAUCUCUUUCUAGCAUAUAUGAAGACAUUUCCGGGCGGUACAAUCUUGAGACGAAUGAUUAUGUUUCCAACUCAAUUUUGGAGCUAAAACCAAAUGAGAUCUUUAUGUCAUUGACUGACCAUUUGACGUAUCGAAGACGAUUUAAACAUGCCAACGAACGAGAAUUCGUGAAGAAGCAAAAGAAGUCAGUCCCACAGCUCAUACUCUACUGGGAGACGGUUUGGUUGGUCGGUUCAGGUGCUGCACGCAGGUGUGCUGGUUGGGUUUUUGAAAAUUAA